CCCCCGUGGGCGGGCCCUACCCUCCCGCCGCCUCCUCCCAUUGGCUGCCCGCCGGCCGGGCCUUUCCGGGGCCAUGGCGGAGCCGGAGCUGAGCGCGGAGGCGCUGCGGGAGCGGCUGCGGCGGGAGCUGGGAGCAGAGCACGUGGAGGUGGAGGACACCACGGCCGCCCGCUGUGCCGCCAGCUUCCGCGUCCUGGUGGUGGCGGCCGCCUUCCGCGGCAAGGGGCUGCUGCAGCGGCACCGGCUGGUGAACGAGGUGCUGGCAGCGGAGCUGGGCCGCAUCCACGCGCUGGAGCAGCGCACGCUCACCCCUGAGCAGUGGGCGGCCGAGGGGGGGCAAUAAAAGGAGCCCCUCCCCCACA